AAAAUAAAGUUCUAAAGCUUUUUCAUUUUUUCUUCAUUUUAAAAGUGGAUCGUACAUAAAAUAAAUUUAAAUGUAGCAUUAAACUUGUAUGUUCUUCAGAUAAACAUAGUCAACAAAUUAUUGAAUCACAGAAUAUGCUGAUAUAGAAAUGAUUUCAACAUGGGAGUGGUAUCCAUCCGCAAGGCUUCAAUCAUCAAUGGCAUCGUGUGAGGGUGCUUAAAAUAUUAUUAAAUUAUGAUAAGUGUCAUUUAAUUGUCACUUUCCCAGAGUUGUCAAAAUUGUCAAAUCUGUGAGCGACAAUUAAAUUUUGUGCUUUUUGCCUUCUGAAGUAAGGGCGGCGACCUGUGUUACAGACAGCACGUAUCUAUUUUUGGCUCUGCGGGUUAGCCUUUUAGGACCAACUUGACAUACUUGAUACUUGUAGAGGAUUAAUAACGAUAGUGAAAAUUGUCAUUUAGUAUUUUUAUAAUGCAUUAUCACUGUUUAAAAAUUGUUACAUGAAUGUUUUUUACAUAUUCUUAGCCAAAUUAGCACAAACAAUCCUGUAGUUUAAUGAAAACUAGAAGCAGUUCUGUAGUGUGAAAUUCAAUUAUUAUCUAAUUACUUCGAACUUUUACUGGUGUUUGACUUUUAAAUAAACUAUGGAAGCAAUUGCUAAGCACGACUUUAAUGCAACGGCAGAUGAUGAACUUAGUUUUAGAAAAGGCCAAGUAUUAAAAGUUUUGAACAUGGAAGAUGAUAUGAAUUGGUAUCGAGCUGAAUUAGAUGCAAAAGAAGGAUUAAUUCCUAGCAAUUAUAUAGAAAUGAAGAAACAUGAUUGGUACUAUGGGCGCAUAACUAGAGCCGAUGCUGAAAAAUUGUUGAUGAACAAACAUGAAGGUGCUUUCUUAAUUAGAGUUAGUGAAAGUUCUCCUGGUGACUUUUCCUUAUCAGUGAAAUGUGGAGAUGCAGUUCAGCAUUUUAAAGUAUUGAGAGACACACAAGGAAAAUUUUUCCUUUGGGUUGUAAAAUUUAAUUCCCUUAAUGAAUUAGUUGAGUAUCACAGAUCAGCUUCAGUGAGUCGUUCUCAAGAUAUUAAACUAAAAGAUAUGCAUCCAGAAGAGUUCCUGGUGCAAGCCAUGUAUGAUUUUCAACCUCAGGAAGCUGGAGAGUUAGAAUUUCGACGAGGUGACAUAAUUACUGUUAUGGAUCGCUCUGAUCAGAAUUGGUGGGAAGGUGAGAUAGGCUCUCGCAGAGGAUACUUUCCGGCCACCUACGUUGUCCCUUAUCAUACAUAAAUGAAAGCCACGACUUUCCUUCUGUACAUACAUAUUUGAGCAGUAAUCUCAAAUCUAAGGUUUUAUCCACACCUUUAUAUUAAAACAUGAAGUGAAUCUAUUAUAUAAAUAAAAAGUUAUCAGUCCAUCAUUACUGGAUUUCUCAGACCUUGUUUUUAUUUUAUAUUUUUACCAGCAUCGAGUAUGAAAACCAACAGCUAAAGCUAAAUUAAAAUAUCCGCAUUUACAAUGUAAGUCUUCCUUAUCAUUUAGAUGCUUCAGUACAAAAUAUGAAUGUCCAGUGACGUGCUAAAAUUAUCUUAGAAAGUGUAAUCAAAUUCAUACAAAUUUGAAAUUUAAAAAUUGUUUCUUGGUUUGAUAGUCAAGUUACAAACUAGUUAUUAAUUAAUUUUCGCUACUAUACAUUGUGGAUCAAUCAUCCAAAAUAACUGGGUGUUCCAAUAACUGGGUAACUCAUUCUUCAGUAAAAAAUCAUUUACAGGAAAAAAUGAAUAAAUACAAAUUGUUCUCUGGUGUCAAAGAAUCAAUAUGAAGCAAUUGAAGAUGCUAGAGAGUGAUCUUACUAGUAGAACAGGGAACUAGUUGAUCUAGUUUGUAAAGUUAAAAAUGGUAGGGUUGUCCUACAAUUCAGGCAUGUUUUAAUUUACUUCUGCUUCAGAGCUGAGACAAGCAGAUUUUCUAUAUGGGGUGUAAGUUUAAUGUUGGCAAUACAAAAGGACUUUGAUUACCAAUGUUUUAGUUAACCUAUAUUCAGACAAUUAUACUUUACCUGUAUAAGACUUUCUUCUUAAAGUUUUUAAAUUGUAUCAAAGAAAGAUUGGUUGAUUGUGCUUAUAAUAUAUUUCUAGUAUUAUUACAUUUUUAGUUGAAAUUAAUUUGAUUUUACUGUAUAAUUUAUUAAUGUGAUAAAAAGGCUGAUCAUUUUCUUUUUCUAAAAUUAAUAUCAGCACCAAAUGUUUUUCAAUCAUUAGUUUCUUUCUAAUAUGAAAUUUGAUGCAUGUUCCUAAAGCCAAAAAUGCAUAAAUUGUUACUGUGCAAAAAUUUUCUGUAAUAGAAUCAUUUUACAUUUAUAAAAUCUCAUUUUUACUUUUUAAAGCAAUGUCAUGUAAAAAUUAUGCAAAAUACUUACAAAAAAUGUAUUUGAUAUGAUUGAAUAUAAUUUAUGUACAAGAAAAGUAAAAACAAGUAAAUCUCAUACUAACCCAUUCAGUGGUUAUACAUGUGAGGUUAGGUGUGGAUAAAACCAUUUAGUAAAGUUUGUCCUAGGUGUUAACUAAUCAUGUUGUGAUGAUAGUAAAGUGCUUUUCCUUGCAAUUUUGCUAAGAAAUUUUGAAUUUACUGAAAUCUGGGCUUGUUAAGCGAUUCUUCUUUUUAAAACUUUUAUAUAUGUGUGAAAAUGUACAAGUAUUAUGCAAAUACUUUUCGUUUCUUGGAAUUCUCAAUGUGUUGAAUGAAUUCUGAUGAAGAUUAUGAAAGUGGUUGAUCAAAUGCAUCUUAAGUUCAGUUUAUUUGCCAAUACGCUUUUGAUGAAAAAUUUGAUGACGAUCAUUGCAAAUUUGAUGAAUAAAAUUCAUCUAAAACUUAACGUAUUUAUUGUUGUCUCUUGUGUAUUAAAGUUUCAAUCAUUAGUUUUAUAUUAUACUUUUUGCGCAAGUUAUAUCUUCUGCAUUUAACUUGUAUUUGUUCAUUUUGUGAAGUCUAAUUAUUUGUAUAAAUAUUAAGAUUUCAAUGUUAUUGAGUCUCUAAGUUAUGAGAACAAACUCUUGUGAUACAAUUAGGCACAAAAAUGGACUAUUUUAAAUGCAAUUCAAUUGUAAAUCAUUUCAAUAUGACUCUGUAUUUUAUAAUGCUCAAAGUUUUAUUUAGAUCAUAAAAAAUGACUGUUUCUACAAUUUGAGUUUUUUUUUAAAAUCAUUGCUAGAAGCUUUUGUAAAUUAUUCAUCAGCCAAUUAAAAUGUGUUUGUUUUCUGAA